AUGAGCUCAGAAUUAGAGACAGGGGGCUUCCCUUUCAGAGGGGACUAUCAGGAGAAUCGGCCCGUGUUUACUCUUGGGUAUCAUGACUCUAAGAGAGAACAGCCGCUCUCAGAGCUGCAAUAUGGGUACCUGCUAAACCAAGAUGCGAGUGAGCUGAUGGCCCUGCACCACUUCAAGUCUAGAGUCUUCAAGGUUGUGUCGGAUCAUCUAGCAACGCUGAAGGCCAAUGGCGAAAAGGGAACGAGUGAGGCCACGGCCAAUCGAGCAGACCCUAUUCUUCUGCCUCUCACCCCAGAAGACACUGGCAUGUUCCCAUCUCAAGCCGUCAAUACCUACGUCGCCUACACAAGCCCCUGGAUCGAUCUUUGCUCGAAUGACCCGGUCAUUGCCAACAUUUCUCGCCAGGUGCUUAAUCUCGAGAUCAACUAUGCAAGCUGGUGUGGUGUGAAGAGCAUCAUCAUCACAGGACCUGGCCGAGACGCUUCCAAGGACGGGGGAAGUCAGGGGAUCGCACAGUACUCUCGGGCUGUUCAAGAGGCCUUGACUAUUGCCCCCGCCAUCACCAUCCUGAUUCACAUAGCCAUGUACCGCGAACCAACUGUUGGGACACAGGUUGAGACCUUGUCCUCACUGAAUGGAGAGGAUGCGUCCAAGUCUUCGGGAGAAGACAUUGACAUAUUUACUACUUGGGAUUCUUGGCAUCAAAUCAGAUCAGUUUGCAAAUACAACCCCAGGCUCCUCGUUGCACUCAAGAUGCCAAGAGUCGUGCCAGAGAAGGAUCUGCAAAAUCGAUGGUUCUGCGAACCUCUUCACUACUUGACCUUCGGCCCCGAAGUUUUCCAGAAGAACAAGAUUGGCUAUCCCAGCCUGACCAAGAGCCACCAGGAGGUCAUUUUUGCCUACAUGCGCUUGAAGAAUGCCCCCUGGCUUUUACUCUGCGACGUCGGCCCUGACGUGCGGCACAUUACCGAAGACGGCAAAGAUGAGAACGCGUCUUUGACAGAGGCCGAUUUCCCCAGUUUGGAAGAAGCUCACAAACCCGCCUUUCGCGUGUCUACCGAGUCUAAUGUCCACUGCGAUUACUUGCGAUGGCUAGAAAGGCAGCAGCCUCCAUUUUCAGCACUAGAGACACCCAUCCUUACCAAUUUUCAGGAUUGGCUACAGUCGCCGCUGCAGCCCCUGUCGGACAACCUGGAAUCGGCAACUUACGAAGUCUUUGAGAAUGAUGCCAUUAAAUAUGACCAGUAUGAGUUGGCCAUCGCCGAGGCUUUGAAAGAGUGGAGCGAAUUGAAGCUCCCAACCUCCAAGCCUGGCGUUGUGGUCAUGGCAGUCGCUGGGUCUGGCCGUGGUCCUAUAGUGACCAAGGCUAUUAAAGCAGCAGAAUCUACUGGCGUCAAGGUGGAAGUUUGGGCCGUCGAGAAGAAUCCCAAUGCGUAUGUAUACCUCCUUCGCCAGAACGCUCAGAAAUGGGGCGGCAAGGUCAAUGUCAUCAAGACGGACAUGAGAGCUUGGAAGGGCCCACUGAUCUCAGAUUCUCCCGAGACUGGUCCGGUAUAUGGCAAAGUUGACAUCCUCAUUUCCGAACUGCUCGGCUCUUUUGGCGACAACGAGCUUUCUCCCGAGUGCCUGGAUGGCAUCCAGCAUGUUCUGGCAAAGCCUCACGGCAUCUCCAUCCCGCAAUCUUACACCGCACACCUGAGUCCUAUUGCCACGCCCAAGCUAUAUACGGACAUUAGCGCAAGAGCUCAGACUGACUCCAAUGCAUAUGACACUCCUUGGGUGGUGAGCCUGUUCUCACUCGACUAUGUGGCCCAGAAGGUACCUGGCCACCCUCGAUUCCAGCAGGCAUGGGAAUUUUCACACCCCAUUCCCGAUUCAACGCUCGAGGCCAUCGCGGCACGGCGGUCUGGAGGAGUUGUUGGCGGAACUGGAGGGUCCAUGGCAGGCGCUGCGGGAGCAAACGACCACAACUCUAGAUUCUGCCACCUGACAUUUGUUGCUCGUACUCGCGGAGUUGCCCACGGACUGGCGGGAUACUUCGAGUCUACCUUGUACGAGCUAAAGGCAGGCCCGAACAAGGGCAGGAAAACGGAGAUUAGCAUUCACCCGGAACGAAUCGAUGCGAAGAGCAAGGAUAUGGUGUCUUGGUUCCCCAUAUUCUUCCCGCUCAAGCAACCUCUUUACUUCCCCGCGGAUACUGAGCUGGAGGUGAGCAUGUGGAGACAGACGGAUGAUACCAAGGUCUGGUAUGAAUGGCUUGUGGAGGCGUGGACCUGGGUUGGGCCUUCGACACGUGUCAAGGUAGCAUCUUCAGAGCUUUGUAGUAGCCGGAAGCUGGCGUGUCUGAUGUAG